UCCCUUUUUAUUGUCAGCUCAAAGAAAGCAGCUAAGAACUUCUUCCUGAUUCUGCAGUAGAACGAUUUAAAGAGGAUCACUUCUGAGAGAUUUUCUUUCCAUUUGAGAAUCCUUCUUUCUGGAAUAAGAAAAGAUGGCAGGUGUGAGCUCAUGUAUGAAAUACUCUAUGUUUGUCUUCAACUUUUUAUUUUGGAUAAUUGGAUGUAUUAUUCUGGGAGUCUCUAUAUGGAUGCAUGUCAGCAAAGAUAUUCAAAAGGAAUUCAAAAUAGACUCAAGCAUGCUUUCUGCUGUUAAUCUUCUCAUUGCUGUGGGCUCAGUCAUUAUGGUGCUUGGGUUUCUAGGUUGCUGUGGUGCCAUGAAGGAGAGCCAGUGCAUGCUCCUCCUGUUUUUCAUUGGACUACUGAUGAUUCUGCUUCUUCAAAUUGUAGCAGGCAUUUUGGGAGCAGUAUAUAAAUCUCAGAUUGAAGGCGUUCUAAACCAGACUCUUGAGAAGGAAAUUGGCAUAUUGCAAAUUGCUUCAACAAAUGAUAAGGAUAUUCUGGAAGGUUUCCACAAACUUGAGAUAAAGCACAAAUGUUGUGGCAUAUUUAAUGGAAAAUCAGAUUGGGGAAAAAACUUUAAUGGUAACAGUGGAUGUGAAUGUGAACAGACAGACAUAGGUACAAGUUAUUGUUCUGGAAAAGAGUAUGUAAAGACUUGUGCAACUGUAAUUAUGGAAAUGUUCCAGAAAAAUAUGAUUAUAGUUAUGGGGAUAGCAUUUGGACUGGCAUUUAUUGAGAUUGUUGGCAUGGUUUUUUCAAUGAGCCUUUACUGCCAGAUCCAGAAAAAAUGAAACCAUGGAAAUCAUCAGCCAAAGGAGAAAGCUUUGUAGAUUAAGGAAUCAGAUCUGUAAUUGGAUUUUUUUUUUUAAAAAAAAAAAAAAAGCACCACAUACAAUUUGUGUUUGGGGUGGUGUAAUUUGCAACCUAUUUGACUAUUUAAAAAAAGCACUUGCUCUAUAUUGUGCUGACCCAAUACAUUGUUUUCCACUCAUCUGUUUUCUGAAUUAAAAUUGAAGCUUACUUAACCCA